CAAUUUUACAUGGACAUUUACAAAAUAGCAAAAUUCGAAUCCAAACCAAACUGCAAACCGGAUUGAUCCGGAUCAAAUCCAAUCCGUUGGUUAAGAAGACACAGAGAGAAGGGGAAAGGCUUAUCCAGAAACCAAACUUCAAAUGAAUGUCUGAAGGCUAGAUCCUUCAAUUCGAAGAAGAUGGCUCUUCUUUGUUUCAAUUCUCUCGCUCCUCUCCCUUCUCUCUCUUCUUCAUCUUCUCCAAGGCUUCAACUUUCGUCAUUAGCUUCAUCAGUUUUCAUCCUUAAACCCAACAUCAUCGAGUCAAAGAACAGAGUCUCACUUAGUGGUUACAACUUGAGCAAUAGCCAUGGAAGAGCAGCAAUUGUGAAGGCAGUUGCUUCUGGCGUGGACGGAGCUGAGCCCGAGGAACCACCUAAGACUGUUGUCUCAGUGGACAAACUACCGUUGGAAUCAAAAGAAGCUAAAGAGAAGCAACUGCUGGAACAGAGGAUGAAGAUGAAGCUGGCCAAGAAGAUUAGGCUACACAGGAAACGUCUAGUUCGUAAGCGUAAGUUGAGGAAGAAGGGUCGAUGGCCACCUUCCAAGAUGAAGAAGCUCAAGAAUGUUUAGAGAUGAUUAUCAAUCGUCUCAAACAAAAAAUGGGCCCUGUGCUACACAAAUUUUGAGGCCCAUUUCUUCAUAUAAAUUUUUUUUUUUUUUUGAAAGGGCUCUAAGCUAAGCUGAAAAAGUCAAAAAAAAAGAAAUGGGCCCUGUGCAAAUGCACUUCUAGCACUGGGCCAGAGCCGGGCCUGAUUAUCAUGACUCUUUGCUCUCUUUUUUUUUUAUUUAACUUUAUUUUUGUAAUGUUGUUUGUAUGAGCAUUGUUUUUGGAUUAAA